CAUACACGUGCGAGUAACAAGUCGAUUUAUUUUAAAAUUUUGUUAAAAUUUAAUAUUUUUUAAGAAAAAAUAUGGUUAAAACUAAAAAAACUACUAAUAAAAAGAGUUUAAUACAAAAACCCGUAAAAAUGGUUAAUGGUAAAAAGAGCAUUACAGCGCAAAAAAAUAAGCAGGAAUUGGAAGAAGAAAUGGUGGUGGAUGCAGAGGGCUAUGAUUCUAUGAUAGAAAAUGGUACCAGUGAGGAAAGUGAUUCGGAUAAUGAGCAACAAAAUGAGGAGGAGGAUGCAACAGAUUCUGAAGAAGAAAGUGGUAGUGAUGAUGGGUUUUCCGACAAAGAAGAGGAGGAAGUGGAGCAAGCGGUAGCAAAGACAAAUAAAAGAAAACCUGAAGUUCAGCAAGAAGUGGCUCAAAAUAAAAAAUCUAAAAUUACCAAUCCCUUUGCACCCGAAAAAGUUAAAGCUCCCACCUUGGAGGAGAUAAACGAAUUGAAAGAAACACGCAAUCUUUUUCACUCCAACAUCUUUCGGCUGCAGGUCAAGGAAAUGUUGCAAGAAUUAAAAGUAAAAGAUAAAUAUACCAACUAUAUAAACAGCUUUUUGGAACAAUUUAAGACUUUCGUUAAAACAUUGAAAAAUAUGCCCGAAAAGGAAGAUAUGGAUAAAUUAUUGUGGUUAAAAAAAUCCAAACUUUCGGUACCUUUAAAUCUUCAAUCAUUAAAGGUGCAGCAGCAAAAGGUAUUCCAAUUUCAAUUCGUUAAACCAACUACUGAGCCAUUUUUCCUGGGAGCCAGUAACACCCACACUUUGUUGGGUCCCAAAUUGCAGGCGGACAUUGGUGUCUUAAUGCCAGCUGAGUGUUGGCAAAAAGAGAAUUAUCUCAAUUUGCAAUAUGAUCAGAAAAGAGCCUACUAUUUGACUUAUUUAACACAAAAAUUAUUGGAGUCCAAAUUGAUAGCGGGUUUAAGCCUUGAUCAGCUUAAAUUCAAUUAUUACAAUAAUAAUCCUUUGAAACCGGUAUUGGAGAUAACUCCCCCCGCAGAGGCGGGUAAACAUUUGGCUCAGAAAUUAUGUUUACGCAUUUUCAUAGCCAGUGAACAGCAGUCAUUUAAACUGAAUCGCUUUGUACCCUGGAAUAAUAAUAUACGUUCUUCUGUAUUCGAUUCUAAUGAGGAUGAAGAGUCUGUACCCUUGGCCACGCCCAGCUACAAUGCCAAUAUCUUAUUUGAUUUGACUAUGCACGAAAAUCAAAAGCUAUUGCAGGAAGUAUUCGCUCCACAUAACAACUUUCAAGAAGGCUUAUUACUGCUCAAGGUGUGGUUGCGUCAACGUCAACUGGAUGUGGGUUAUGGUGGUUUUAAUGCCCAUAUUAUGGCCAUGUUUGUGGCGUAUCUGUUUAAGCAGCGUAAACUGCACAGCAAUAUGAGCAGUUAUCAGGUGGCACGUAAUGUUUGGAAUCAAUUGUCCUUUUCUGCAUGGCAUGAAAGCAACAAGGGCAUUACUCUGUGCAACACCUUCAACUCUAUAGCCAAUCAACCCACAUUGGAACAGUUUCAUAGCUACUAUCCUGUUGUAUUCAUAGAUGCUACUGGAUUUUACAAUAUCUGUUCGAAUGUUAGUGCUGAUGUGUAUAAGAGAAUUUGUUUGGAGGCUAAACUGGCGGUGGACAUGUUAAACGAUAUGAAAUUGAAUAGUUUUCAAUGUUUAUUCAUGUCUAAAAUGCCACUUUACACGCAAAUGGAUCAUAUUUUAAAAAUCAAUAAACCCGAUGCUAUAGAACAAAUCUUGGAAAUGCAUGUAACACCCGCGGAUAAAUACAACUAUGCCGGCUACACUUAUCCACAACUAUUGAAAGUGAUUAGCAGUCUGCUACAAAAAGGUCUUUCCAAACGUGUGGAAUUCAUGUUACCUCUCGAACAAUUAACACCAGCAUGGAGUGUAAAUGAAUCAGCCACUGCCGUUCCACAACAUUUGCAUUUGGGUUUCAUACUUAAUCCUGAACAUGCCUACGAAAUAUUGGAUAAAGGUCCCGAGUCUAUAGAUGACGAAGCUGCCAAAUUUCGUGCAUUUUGGGGUGAAAAGGCCCAACUAAGACGUUUUCAAGAUGGCAGCAUAACCGAAUCUGUUGUAUGGGCCGCCGCCAAUGAUGAUCUUAGCAAGAAACGUUUAAUUGUGCGCAGCAUUGUUAUGUAUCUGUUGCAACAUCAUUUCCAGCUGGAAGACAAAGAUGUCGAGUAUGUAGCCGGGGAAUUUGAGACGGUAUUCGAGUUGACCAAAGGUUUUAAAGUGGACAAUUUAAAGUUUGGCAAACAGAAAAUAAACCAAGACACUAAUGCCGAGGCCAUGGCCUUGCUGGUGAUAAGAGAAUUCGAUGAUUUGGCUAGAAAAUUGAAUGACCUGAAGGAGUUACCCUUGGAAAUAGUGUCGAUAGCGGGUAUAUCGCCAGUUUUAAGAUAUUGUGAACCUCAACCGAUUUUACCACGGGCCAGGUGUAUUAAGGAGCAAAUUUUCGCCGAUCAUAUACAGUAUGGUGUUGUACAAUUAGGUCAAAGUGGCAAAUGGCCCAGUGAACUUACCGCCUUGCGUGCUCUGAAAACAGCAUUUUACCUGCAAAUUGCCGAAAUGCUGCAGGAAAAAUACAAGCUUACGUGCAAAGUUACCUACGAUGGUGUGUUGGUUUUGAAGCAAGGCUAUUGUUUCAAUUUAGAGAUAGCCCAUCCCAAAGAGGUGGGUCUGCUGAAGAAGGAAAAAACUGUUAAGGGUCUAACAACACACAUUGAUUGUCCGGAAAGUAUUGCCCUGGAGAAACGUCAUUAUAUAUUGCCCAAAGUGACGGGCGCUUUAAAAGCUCUCUAUCAAAAUCAUUCCUCGUUUGGAGCCACCGUUAUGAUAGCCAAAAGAUGGCUAUAUAGUCAACUUAUAGACAAUGGUCUGUGGCCGGAAGAGUGUACGGAAUUGUUGAUAGCCUCGCAGUAUAUGAAAAUUGCUGCCAAAUGUAUAACAAAUUCUCCGCAAACUGGUUUUAUAAGAUUUUUGCAAUUGUUGGCCAAUACAGACUGGAAGUCGGAAUUGUUUUUGUUAAAUUUCAAUAGUGCUAUGCAGGAAACUGAUAUAUCUGAUUUAGAGCAACACUUUGCUACCGAACGUGACACAUUCCCACCCCUUUGCCUGGCUACUUCAUAUGAUCAGAAACAUUAUGGCAAAAUAUGGAGCUCGGAGCAACAACCCAAUGUCCAUGUUUUGGCCAGAGUUACGCUGUUGGCUAGACAGUCUCUGGAAAUUAUAGAAUCUACACUAUUAUCCUCCUCUUUAACAUUUAUUAGACCCGUCAAGAUAUUUAAGCCACCCACCCAAGGUUAUGAUUUUGUUAUACAAUUAAGUCCCGAUAAGGUAACCAAUACAUUGAGCUUUGAGUUUGGAUCAUCUUUUGUAGAAUUUACAAAACCCAACUGGCAUAUGCCUUUGGCUGGUAGCAAUUUUCUACAAAAUGCUGUCAACAAACUAAGGGAAGCCUAUUCUGAGUUUGCUGCCUUUUUCUAUAAUCCCUGUGGCGGCAAAGAAAUUGCUGUCAUAUGGAAACCUUCCGCCUUCAAUGCUAAAGAAUUCAAAGUCAACGAUGUUACCGCCUGUUCUUUGACAGCCGAUCACAAACGUGUGCAAGCCAAAAAAGAGGUUUUAAUUGAAGAUUUUAAAUUUAUUUUAAAAGAUUUCUACUUACGCAUGGGUUCUUUGGAGUUUGUUAGACAAGCCAACAACAAUACACCCCAAAAAACAACUGGAAAUAAGGCUAGAUAUUUUGGAGCAAACGAUAAAACAGAAAGAAAACAGGAAAAACCAGCCUUAAACAAGAAACCAGCUGUGAUAGCAAAAAAUAAACACCACAAAAAGCCGGCCACCACCACUAAGUUUAAAGCAAAAUCCCAAUUCAAAUCUAAAGUGAAAGCAAAUAAAGCCCUUAAGAAAAUUGUUAAAAACUAAAUAAUAAUAAUCUAAUGUUAUGCAAUUAGUUAGUGUAUACAAAUUAUGUUUAAAUUAUUUUAAUUUUUAACAAGCCGUUAAUGUUACUGUCCAGAAAUACAAUAUCAAAUUUACUAUAUUUUUAAUUACAAA